UGUCGACGAACUCGCUAUGUGCUUUCUGCAAUGACACCCGGAAUAAGGGAUAGUUGGAUUACAGCUUUGCAACAAAAUUUGCACAAUCCUUCACCGACCUAUGCUGAAGCUUGUCAAAGUGAUGCUGCAAGUUUACCAGAAAGUGAUUUAGUCUCGUUAUUACCGCGUAAAAAACAUAUUGCUUAUGUGGCACCUGAAUCUCAUCAUUCAAAUUCAAUGAUGGAUGAUGAAUCUUGUACUGAAGAUGAAUUGAAUUCUCUUGAUCGACCGUUCAGAACUCAACGAACAAGUCUUUCCGAAAGAUCAUUCGAAUUGUCAGAUGACGAUAAUGAAGUUGACAAUGAUCGGCGACAUUCUCCUCAACAACGUCGUAAUGGUCGUGAUCAGAGCUUAUCACCAACUUUUCGUCGUUCGCCAGUAUCACGUAUCAAAGAUAAAUCAACCAAUCGACAGCAGAAUGGAACGAUGAGGAAUGGUUCUAGUUUAUCGCUUUCAUCUGUUAUACCUACAACUAUACAGUCGCAGAGAUGUAACUCAUCGAGGUUACUAUCACGAGAGCAGAGUGCAUCGUUGCAAGAAAUGAGAUUACGUACGCUCGAAUCACAGGUGGAAAAUCUCCGUGAUCAGCUACAGGAUACGACAUCAAGACUUGGUGAAACAAGAAGCGAAAAUGAGCGUUUACGAUGUCUUUUUUUGAGUAGCGAUGCGCAAGGUCUUUCGCAGUUACGACGUAGUCUUACAGCUGCUGAAGAAGACGUAAUCCGUAAACGUGAGGAAAUGGAAACGUUACGAAAGCAACUUGCAACACCGACCCGAGAAAUUGAUCAACAAUGUGAAAUUAGGCCUGGGAACAUUCCGGUACCUAUUGGUAAUAUGCUUAAUGUUGAAUAUGGUAAUAUGAGAUUAAUGUUAUCCGAUUGGAUCGUAAUUUUCAGGUAUAAACAGGUCGUUGAGCAGUUUAUGAAUUUGCUCAAAGUUCAAGUUGGUGCUUUAUCACGUUUUGUACAUUCUCAAGCAGGCAGUAUUGAAUACGCCGAAUUGCGACAAUCCAUCGAUCAGCUAAUUCGACGAGUAGCGGGGCUAGAUGAAAUUACUCAAAUGGAUAGUAAAAUGAAUCUCAUCGAGGAAACACUGAAUAAUGUAUCUGAAGCUUAUGAACAGGUUUCAAAUUUCAUUAAAAUUUUAUAA